GCACCAAAAAUCUUUUUUCGAGGAACGCUCUCUACUUUCACAUAAACUUCUCAGCUCAGUCCCUCCUUCAAACUGACAUCAUUCUUCCCUCCCUCUGCAACUAUGGCACUCUCAACUCCCAUCCCAGUAACUUCUUCUUCUCUUUCCCUCUGCAGAACAACCCUUCAAUCUCCAAGAAUUUACAGAAAACGCCUCCCCUUUUCUCCGCUUGCUUCUCUGCAAAGCUCAUCUUCUCCAUCUUCUUCUUCUCAUCAUGAAUCAUCAUCAACAGCAGCAGCACCAGCCCAAAUUAAAGUUGAGUCUGCAAAGGCAACCAGUUCAGUAAAGGGGUUUGACUAUGCUUUGGCAAACACAAACGUAGGCCCGGUUGUGAGAUUUGUUGAGUCCACUGAAUCAAACAUUGAAAGGGCAAUAUUCGACUUUCGCUUUUUGGCACUUUUAGCUGUUGGAGGUUCUCUGGCAGGUUCUAUGCUCUGCUUUCUUAAUGGUUGCAUUUACAUCUUUGAAGCAUACAAAGUUUAUUGGACAAGCUGCGUCAAAGGAAUUCAUACUGGAAACAUGGUUCUACGACUAGUUGAAGCAAUUGAUGUAUAUCUAGCUGGAACUGUAAUGUUAAUUUUUGGGAUGGGCUUGUAUGGAUUGUUCAUCUCUAAUGUGGAUCCUAAUGAAUCUCCUGCUUCUGAUCGUGCCCUUAAGGGUUCUUCCUUAUUUGGGAUGUUUGCACUGAAGGAGAGACCAAAAUGGAUGAAAAUUAGUUCGCUUGACGAGUUAAAGACUAAAGUAGGACAUGUAAUUGUCAUGAUUCUUUUAGUGAAGAUGUUUGAAAGAAGCAAGAUGGUAACAAUAGUAACUGGUGAAUGACUGGUUUCUGACACUUGAGUGCUACUUGUUUGCUGUCAGCUUUCCGACGUCGUGGCUUUAAAGAACUGCAUCAGUGGGCAGCUACGAAUGAACUCUGGCGGAAAAGGGGAAUCAUUAUUCUGGACAAACUACCAUAACCAGUUCUAGAACAAAUUAUUCUGAAACGUGACCUCAGCAAGGAAACAGUUUGUGAGAUUAUCCUGGAUGUUCUAGAAGUCCGAGUGUUUAGAAUUUGGAUGGCAUAGAAAUGACAUGAGCUCAGGGUUAAACAUUUUGGAAAUUGACAACUUAUUUCUGAACCUUGCAACAAAUCUGAAAUUGGUGAGCUGAACAACAUGAUGGAUUCUGAUGGUUGAUAGCAAAAGAUGUGAUUGUGGGGAUCGGUGCUGACAGUGUAGUUGAUGCUAUUCCUGAAGGCAAUCUUUUGGCUGCUGGAAAUGGAGAAACAUAACCAAAAGUGGAAGGACAAUACGGUAUUCCAAUUUCCUGCAUCCAGGGGUAUCAUUUAGAUAUUACUGGCUUCAGAAAAAAGGCCAACAACCUUGGCUAGUCUGACCAUUCAUGGCUAAUUUACCAUUGCUAAAAUCAGUUCCUCUGUCUACCGAUUUUCAACUAGAAUGUGCCACAAAGUUACCUGAAGUGUGUGUGAAUCCAAAGAUGUUGAUCCGCAUGUAAGACUUGCCUCCUUUUGAGGCAAUUAUAACCCACAUGAUUGAUUCUAAAGUGAUUGAUAUC